CAACCGUCUGAACCUUCGUCAACCCCACGCAAUCCCCUCGAUCUGCAACUCUGCUCUGUAUAUAUUUGUCCUUUCUACGUUGCGUUUGAUCUCCUUUCCUCAAUCCAAGAAAUGACAACAUCAACAUGACGAAUGAACGCACCCCACUUAUCGCCGUGGUACACACGCGGCCUGCAAGAGACCGGUAUCCGCAUCACACUCUCCGCUACAUCUGCACGAUACUUCUGUCAGGUGUUUUGUUCCUUGGAAUCGGCGCUGUCAUUCUCGUAUUGACCGUUUUCACUCCUAAUAAGGAAGAAAAGGAAGUGCAAGCACCAUGGCAUGCCUAUCUGCCCGGCGCCUCGCACGACAUCCCCGCAUCAUGGCCCAAAUCGAGCGGGCUUGGUUACAAAGACCUUCAAUCGAUCCUCGUGAACACGCCUGACGCAAAGAAGACGCGCGAAUGGAGUAAAUACUACACAUCCGGGCCUCAUCUUGCUGGCAAGAAUUUGAGCCAGGCCGUCUGGACGAAGGAGCUUUGGCAGGAAUUUGGCGUGGAAAACACCCUGAUCAAUAGCUAUGAUAUAUAUGCGAACUAUCCUAAGGGUCACAGGCUGGCACUCUUGGAGAAAACUACCCAAAAGGGCGACGAGGACACACACAGCGACGGGAAGACAUCGUGGAAAAUCAAGUACGAGGCGGAGUUGGAGGAAGAUGUCCUCGAGGAGGAUAGCACUAGCGGCCUAGCAGACCGAAUUCCUACCUUCCACGGAUACAGUGCUUCUGGCAACGUUACGGCGCCAUAUAUCUUUGUCAAUUACGGCACCUACCAAGAUUUCGAGGAUCUCGCCAACAGAAAUGUCAGUGUCAAGGGCAAGAUCGUGCUUGCAAAGUACGGAGCCGUCUUUAGGGGUCUGAAGGUAAAGAGGGCGCAGGAAUAUGGAGCAAUUGGCGCCAUCUUGUACUCUGAUCCCGGCGAUGAUGGAGAGAUAACAGAAUUGAAUGGCUAUGCACCCUACCCAGAGGGCCCAGCACGUAACCCUAGCAGCGUCCAGCGCGGUAGCUGCCAGUUUCUCAGCUUCGCACCUGGUGACCCUACAACACCUGGCUACCCUUCCUUACCUGGAGCACCUCGACAGCCCGUCGACCACGCGAUUCCCUCUAUACCUUCGAUCCCGAUAUCUUACAAAGAUGCUCUCCCGCUUCUGAAGGCGCUCAAUGGGCAUGGCCCCAAGGCUUCCUCAUUUGGAAAAGGAUGGAACACUGGAGGCCUCGGAUACAAGGGUGUGAAAUACAAUAUUGGCCCAUCGCCAGAUGACCUUCUCCUCAAUCUCGUGAAUGAGCAGGAAUACGUCACAACACCUAUGUGGAAUGUUAUCGGAGUCAUUAACGGUAGCAUCCCCGACGAGGUAGUUAUUCUGGGUAACCAUCGUGAUGCUUGGAUCGCGGGUGGAGCAGGUGAUCCAAACAGCGGCUCCGCGGUGCUGAACGAGGUCAUUCGAGGAUUUGGGAAGGCCUUACAGUCAGGCUGGAAACCGCUUCGAACUAUCGUUUUCGCGAGCUGGGAUGGAGAAGAGUACGGCCUUCUGGGGUCGACCGAGUGGGUAGAAGAGUACGUGCCGUGGCUAAAAGCCUCCACGAUAGCGUACCUCAACGUUGACGUUGCUGCCUCUGGUCCUGAGCUUGAAGUCUCUGCGGCACCUCUCCUCAAGAAGGUGAUUUACGAAACAGUCGACCUUGUACAGUCUCCUAACCAGACUGUAUCCAAUCAAACUGUCGGUGAUGUCUGGGACCGCUUCAUUGCUCCUAUGGGCUCAGGCUCUGACUUCACGGCAUUUCAAGACUUCGCCGGCAUCGCCUCUUUCAGCUUAGGAUUUGGGCCUGGCGGCAACUCUUCUAUCUACCACUACCAUUCCAACUACGAUUCCUUCGACUGGAUGGAGAAAUUUGGUGAUCCAGACUUUUCGUACCAUGUAGCGACAGCGCAGAUCUGGGGCCUUGCCGCAUUGAACUUGAUCGAGACACCUCUCAUUCAGCUUAAUGCUACCGACUACGCGACAACUCUGGAACAUUAUGUUCACUCAGUCAAACAGACAGCUGAGGAUAAUGGACUUUCCACCGAUACUGUCAAUGAUUUGUUUAUUCCUAUUGAUAAGGCGAUCGAGCGAUUCCAGAUUGCAGGCCAAGCGCAUGAUGCCGUAGCGGCCGCCCUGCAUCAACAACUCGACGACAAUGACAUCCCGUGGUGGAAAUGGUGGGAGAAGGUGAAGCUGUACUACGCUAUACGGCAAGUCAACUCGAAGUACAAAUUGCUCGAACGUGAGUUUCUCUACGACAAGGGCCUUGACGGUCGAACGUGGUUCAAGCACGUAGUGUUCGCGCCUGGUAAAUGGACCGGUUAUGCUGGCAUUCCCUUUCCAGGCAUCGUGGAGGCUAUUGAAGAGAAGAAUGAAGUUGCGCAGAUCAAGUGGAUUGGAAUUGCAACCGAGAGAAUCGAGGGUGCCGCAGCUACGCUGGAGUAGGCUGAGGUUUUGAAAAUGCGUCUCGGGCUAUAGGUAGAACAGCAUGCAUUUGACGGAUACCCAAUAUGACAUACAGAACAAACUUUUAAAUGAAAAGAAUAUGUCUUGUCUUCGUUUUCCAGUGUUUCCAAC